CCCCCCCCCCUAAAAAAGUCAAUUUUGGUCAAAUCCAUCAAUUUUGUGAUUCAUAGCUCAUUAGAUAGAGCUAAGUGUCUACUUUCGAAUGCACUAUAGUUUAUUGGUUUUAUGAUGAGUUUUAAGGAUAUUACAUAGGUUUUUCUGAACCCUCCCACAAAAGAAAAUAAUUUUUUUUUAAACUUUGAUUUUCAAAGUCUUCCAAGCUUCUCUACCGUCUUUUAACAGUGAUGUACAUAGUUGUCGUGCAGCGCUAUACACGAUAAUUGAAUAGAGCAUUCGAACGUUAAAAUUCACAGAAUGGAAUGAAACUACUAUGCAUUGAUUCAUAACUACAUCUACAUUGGUAGAGUAGAUAUUCAAAAAUUUUUGGGUAUUAUUCCACCAAUGUAAAAUAGGCUGUGAAUCACUGUUUACUUGCUUGUUUUUAAAAACAAGAAAAAGUAUGAACUAUAAUGUCUUAUUUGUGAUCGUUGCACUAUAUUUUUAGAUAGAAAUUCGUGUUCUACUCUGUUCGCACUAGUGAUUUUUAUUAUUACUCAUUAUAAAAACUUUAUAUAUUAGUGUAUCAAGAUUAGAAAAAAAAUUAAUGGGUAAAGUAAGCAUUCGGCACAAAAAAAAGAGUACAAGGUCCAUCAUGAGACGGAUUCGCUCGAAGAGUGUAGAGCCCAAAACAGUUGAUUCAUCAUCAGCUAGCAGUGAUGAAGAUUCAGUCAUGUCGGUUCAAAAUCAAUUUACAUCAAGUACAGAUAAUGCUGAUGAUAUGAUGAAUUUUUAUUUAAUUAUUCAUAUGCAAUCUUUGAUCUUAUUGCUGAAACAAACUUUAUGUUCUGAAUGUAAUAAUUAUUGGAAUGGAUCUGCGUCGAUCAAGCAAAGGGAUGGAUUAUAUAUGCAUAUUGAAUUCAUGUGUUCUAAUUGCAGGUUCAUCACUCAUUUACAUUCAUCACCACAAAUACCGAAUACUAGACGUCGAGAAAUUAAUAUUCGAUUAGAAAUUGGUGGUAUUUUGUGUGGUUUAAGUCAUGGUGGUGUAAUGAAAUUUUUAGGUGCUUUAAAUCUACCACCACCAGUUCAAGAACAGAGAUAUAGUGAAGCACAACAAUUUAUCUGGAAUUAUGUAACAAAAGCUCAAGAAGAAUCAAUGACUGCUGCUGUUGAAGAAGCAAUCGCCGAAGGUGGUGGUAUGCGAGAAUUAACAGUAAGUAGAGAUGGUGCGUGGCCUACACGUGGUUAUUCGAAUGUUCAUGGAAUUGCAGCUCUAUGCUCAACAACAAGAUCAUCAGGUGGAAUGGAAAAAGAGAUGAUUCAUGAGAUGUUUUGUCGAUCAUUACCAAAAUAUAAUAUCAAAUAUACUUCUUAUAUCGGUGAUGGAGAUGCCAAAGUGUAUAAAUACUUGGUGGAUAAUCCUCCUUAUUCUGAUAUCAAGAAAGAAAAUGCAAAUAAAAUUUUAUCUGAUGGUAAAAGAUUUAGUGGUAAAGGCCGAAUGACUGAUACAGAAGCUGUUAAAUUUAAAAUUUACUUUGCCAAAGCAAUACGUGAAAAUAAAACUGAUUUGAAUAAACUUUAUCAACGAUCAUGGGCAAUUUUUAAACAUCAUUACUCAACAGAUGAACAACCUAUGCAUGAGUGGUGCGAUUUACGGUGGUGCAAAUAUCUGCAAGCAACAGCAAAUGGUGAAAAAUUUAACCACCAUUCGCAAAAAAUCUUCUGCUUCAAAAAAAAAAAACGUGUGAAAACAUCACAAGCAGCAGCAGCAACCACUACUAGUAUUUCUUCAAGCGAGAGUGAUAAUGAAAAUUUUCACACUGUAAAUGAAGAAAAUUUUGAUGAUAUCUCACAUGAUUUAACCAUAUUUGAACAAAUGGAAAGUGAUCAAGAUGAAUAUGAUGAUAAUAAUGAUUAUGAACCAGGAGGUGAUGAUUGA